UGCUGGGCCCACAGUGUGACCUGGGUCCCUGUACGGCCUCCCAUUGCUUCCACUCUGCCAUGUGCCACUUUGAAAUCUCCUCACACUCCUGCGGUUGUCCAUUUUGUCAUAGGUUGCUGGCAGAUUACAGGCCUUCCAUAGGUGCCGCCAGGCCCCAUAUCGGCCAUGGGCCCCCGUACCGCCUGGUCACGCUGCUGCUGAGCCCACAGUGUGACCUGGGUCCCUGUACCGCCUCCCAUUGCUCCACUCUGCCAUGUGCCACUUUGAGGUCUCCUCACACUCCUGCGGUUUUCCAUUUUGUCAUAGGUUGCUGGCAGAUUAGCGGCCUUCCAUAGGUGCCGCC